AUGGAAUCGCCUAUGCAAGGAUUGAGGAUGAAUAUGUUGCUGCAAUGGGGAAACUUAGAUCAUUCUGUCCACAAUUAUGAUUGGGUUGACACUCAAGGAGAUGUAGAUCGGUGGGCUUUAAGCAAAUUCCCGUUUAAACGAUGGGAUAACAUCACCACUAAUGUUGCGGAGUCGUUUAAUGCCUGGAUUUUGAAGGAGAGGAAGCACAAUGUGUCAGUUCUCAUACAUGAGCAUAUGGAGAAAUUAGCCAAGAAGAUGGUUGCAAGCAAAAUGGCAAUGGAAAAUUGGACAAAUGGCGUUGGGCCAAAUAUUGAGUCCAAGUUGCAAGAAAAAGUAGCAAGAGCGGAGAAUAUGCAUACUGUAUAUUAUGGAGAUAACCGAGUUCAAGUUGAUACUACAUCUCCUACUGGAAUAAUUUGUGUCACUGUUGAUCUCACAGCUCAGAAAUGCACUUGUUUAGCAUGGCAAAUGAGCGGAGUACCUUGUGCUCAUGCCUGUGCAGCGAUAAAGCUACUUCAUGGUAGUGUUUAUGAAUUUGUAGAUGAUUGCUAUAAGCUGUCAGCCCAAGAGAAGAUAUAUGCAAGUAGUAUGAGGCCAAUUGCGACACAUGAUUGUCCUCGUCCCGAAGCUCUCACCGUUACGCAGAUGAUGACGGGAACAUUUUUACAGCCACCAAUCACUAAAAGACCCUCAGGGAGGCCAAAGAAAAGAAGGAUUGAAUCUCAAUUUCAAAGUAAAAAACUUUACCACUGUGGAAGAUGCCAUGAGCCAGGCCACACUGUGAAGACUUGCCAGAAACCCCAAUCCAAGUUGAGCUUUGCUGGUGGCUUGUUGAUAUUUCGUUUUGUGAAUGCUUGUGACAGCAUUUUUUUUGUUGUAAUGGACUUGUUAUCAGACGCCAUGCAGGUUGUCAUUAGCAGUCUCAAUUAUGUUACUGAUAUAAAGUGA